GAACCAAGCCCUGCUAGCGGUGUCCGGUCCGGUGCCCACCUAUUUCCUCUCGCAGCCUCUUCUCCCCAAACCCUAAUCUUGCUCCUGCCUAUCUCUGCUCCAAUCCGUUGGUCGAGCGGCGGCGAUGGAGGGGAAGGAGGAAGGUCGGAUCUUCGUGGGCGGCCUGUCGUGGCAAACGGACGAGCGCAAGCUUCAGGACGCCUUUGGUCGCUUCGGCAAGGUCGUCGAUGUUCAGAUUGCCGUGGGAUCUCCCGUGGGACUGAAGGAAGGACUAAACUGCUUCACUCUAAACCAUAUUGAUUCCACCGGUUGCCCCCUUUUUUUCUGUUGCUGCGGGAGGAGGGUAGUGGCGCGAGAAUGGUAAAGGGUAUUUUAUUCUUCUUACAAGUCAUUUGAUGAGUUGUGAACACUUUUAGUCAUGGAACCAAACAUGCAGCAACUAAACUUUAGUUCUUGGACUAAGGAACCAAACAUGCCCUUAGUUGGAAGUAGCAAGGUCGAAUUCUUUGGCUUCAUUAUCGAAAUUAUAAUGAUGAAACGGUGCUUCUUGUCAUGAUGGACUAAAAGAACAUACUAUCCUGUAUGUAUCCUAGCUUCUCAAAGACUAAAGAACUAAGUCUAGUGUCAUUUGUCUAGUAUGAUUCAUAGUUAUUUUCCUAUGUUGAUAGCUUGCUCUCUGAAAUUCAUGAAUACUCACUGCUCUUGUUUUUGCAUUUUUCUUUGCAACUGGUCUCUGUUCUCUUGGCCAUUCUUUGUUUGCCGAGGCUGAAUGAGCGGCAAAUUUCCAGAUAUGGAACACAACGCGACACUUGUUGCUUUCCCGAGCUGAAUUGCUGAUGAGGUUCACCACAGUUAGAUGCCUGAUUUGAGCACUUUGUCUGUGAAAUUGGAUUAAAUAAAUGGAGAACAGCCAUUGGUUCUACUGUUUCUGGUGUUCUGCUAUUUCUUAGUUCAAUUCUGUGGUCUGAUGAAAGAGAGGAGAUGUUACUAAUGAUUUCUUUGGUAGAAUUGGAUGAACAACACCUGUCAUGCCUCCUUAGUUUCUGAUCUGUGGGCAUUCUGCUCAGCCAGCACAAGAGUUGUGUGCACCUGUAGAGAACAACAACAGGGACAAUGCUCAUGACACAGAUUGAUAGAUGAAGUUGGAGGUCAUUGCCAGAUCUGCAUAUGUUACUGCUGUAGUGGGUUGAACUGAUUUGAUUGGCUUAUAAGAUGCAACAGAAAUCAUCAUUUCAUUAUUAGUGUUUGGUUGUGUUCACUGCCCUGGCCAUGUUUUCAGUUGGGUUCAUUGGCAUCCUUGCUGCAGAUAGAAUCAUGACUGCAGUUGGCUUGUUUUGUUUUUGUUGAUAUGACCUGCCUACAUAGCUCCUUGUCCCGCUACCUCCAUCAGCAUUUAGUGAAUUGAUGACAAAUUUGAUCUUUUUUAUGUUUUAUAUUUUUUAAACUAGGUAGAGCUUGCAAUGAUUUAUGGCUGCAACUCUUUUACACAAAUGCUUAUUUCUUAACAGCUGCAGCAAAAUUUGGUAUUUACUUUUUUUGUAUUUCAAACUCAAGCAAGUCCUUUUCUUAAGCUCUCCUUUUUGAAUUUCUUUCUUGUGUAAUACAUUUUUUUUACCAGUGCUGUUAUUGUUUGAGCCUUGAGGGCAGUAACUGUUUCCGUGCUCCGGUAAUGGAAGCUGACUUUUGUUUAGGGUUAAAAUUUGCAUACUGGUAAUUUAUACAGUAUUCAGUUAUCAUUUAUGGGCACUUGAAGGACAAAUGCUGGAACAGAAAUUUGUUGCUAGCCUCACCAGUGUGGACCCUUUGAUCCAUUGUCUGUGUGAUAUUGCUUUCAGCCCCCUCCAUGCUUUGCAUUGCAAUUUUGGGAAGACAAACUGGUUUGACCUAGGAGAUCAGCUAACCAGCAGCUCAGACUUAAAUGUUGUUACCAUUGAAAAGCUAGUUGUUUGCCUUUAAAUUUGGGCACUUGAAGGACAAAUGCUGGAACAGAAAUUUGUUGCUAGCCUCACCAGUGUGGACCCUUUGAUCCAUUGUCUGUGUGAUAUUGCUUUCAGCCCCCUCCAUGCUUUGCAUUGCAAUUUUGGGAAGACAAACUGGUUUGACCUAGGAGAUCAGCUAACCAGCAGCUCAGACUUAAAUGUUGUUACCAUUGAAAAGCUAGUUGUUUGCCUUUAAAUUUGUGCAUUGGCUUAGAUGGUCUGGUAUGCAAGAAUAUGCCAGUGGGCAUAUCUGCUACAUUGUCCUGUCAUCAGAAUAUGCUGAAUUUUUUGAGAAGUUCAUGGCGGUAAUGAUAAAAUUGGUUCCUGCUUGGAAACAGUCCAGUUCUCCAAAACAUGGUUCCCACUCCCAGAGUUCUAUAGCUUUGCUCCUUGUCUGUGUUAAUGAGUUUUGCUGUCUUGGGGAUAGACAAUUUCAUGAAGGUAGUUACAGCUAGAUGCAUCUGUGUCAGGAUUAUGAUUUGUUCUUGUAUUACCGAGAUCCAGGAAUAACCUAGUCUCAGUGCUUCUCUUCUGAGAUCAUGCUGGAGAGACACACAUACCGCCACAGGGGCUUUGGCUUCGUGACAUUCGAAGAUCGAAGGGCAGUUGACAGCGCUAUCAAAGAGAUGCGUGGCCAAGAGUUAGAUGGUCGUACCAUCUCAGUGAACAAGGCUGAGCCUAAGAUGAAUACAGAUGACACAAGGUUCGACAGUGGCGGUGGACGAGGAGAAUAUCGAGGUGGUAGAGGUGAUGGUCCACCCCCUGGCAAUUGCUAUGAGUGUGGCCGUCCUGGUCAUUGGGUCCGUGACUGCCCUAGUGCUGCUGGUGGUCGUUCUGGCAGAUUCCCAUCCAAGUUCAGUGGUGGUGGCAGAGGAGACCGCUUUUCUGGAUCAGAUAGGUUUAAUGAUCGUUACAUGGAUGAUCGUUAUGAUGGUGGUCGUUAUGGGUACCGUGAUCAAGUUGAUGCAAGGGACAAGUAUGGUGGGGGCCGAGAUCGUUAUGCCAAUGAUCGCUACCCCGCUGGUGGCGAUCACUUUGACGGAGACAGGUAUGGAGGUGGCCUGGAUCGGUACGCACCGAAUGGUUAUGGGAGGGAACGAGAAAGAAGUUACGAGAGAGAUGGAGUUCGUGGCGGCGGUGGCUAUGAUAGGAGUGGCUCAAGAGGUGGUGGAAGCUAUGACAGGGAUGGCCCUAGAGGCGGCAAGGGUGGUGGCUAUGUCAGGGAUGGCCCACGCGGUGGUGUUGCUGAUCGUUAUGGUGGUGGAGGACCUGCACGCUAUGAUGGUGGAAGUUACAGGGAGAGGCCUGGGCCAUAUGAUCGCCCUAGCAGGGGAGGAGGUCGUUUUGAUGAACGCCACUGAUGAACUGCCUCUAGACUCGAGCCCCUGGUCUUGUAGUUUAGCCUUUUGCAGUUCUGCAUAGCUUAAUGUUUAAUGGGCUAUGGAAGAUGCCUAAUUUACCCCCCUCUUUGGCACUUCAAUGUCUGCUCUGUAUUUCAACCAGUACUUGGGCGCCGUUGUUGCCUUCUCGAUAAGUUUAUCAAGCUGACUGUUUUUGCAUGAGACGGGUCAUCCUUUGGGCUACUACUCUGCCUGUUGGUCCGGAUGUUUCAGUUGUGCAUGCCGUGCGUCCUGCAGUUAUAGUGGAGUCGAGGUUCUCAGUGAUUGUUUGUCAUUGUUGAUCUGAAUAUCUGGUAUGCAUGGACUGACUAUGUUUUCAGUGAUUGCCUGUCACCGUUGGUCUGAAUAUCUGGUGAACAUAUAUGCUCAGUGACGGUGCUUGUCAAUGUUGUUGGUCUGGAUAUUUGGGUUCGCAAGGAUAUAUUUGCAGUGCUGAGAUGCAAGUGCUUAACCGAACUGUAGCCAAAGUAACCCUAUGCUAGAAGUAACUGGCAACCAUGUUGAAUUGUUAAUCUCGUUAGUUUUUUGUCUGGGGUCUUGAAAAUGCCCUCCAGAUCUCUCACGAGAACGUGAACUUCACCUAUCUUCUCUAUCGAGCUGCAUCGCCCUCUCUUUUGGCGAGCAGGUCUUUGGAUUCACCGUUUGCUUGUGUGAUAUCUGCUUAGUUGUGUGGGGAUGAUCAAGUGGUUGGAAAGCUUUGCUGUGACUGUUCGUUGAUCUUCUUUCUGCCGCUCAUUGGAUCGGAGGACCGUCUUGUUUUUGUGUGAAUGUUCGAGGAACGACACUGUUAACAACUGACCUUUUUAUGUUGACAAAUUACAGAGUUGUUCACCUUGGCAUUAGAUGUUCGUUUGACUUUAAUCUAAAAUGUCUUCUAUUGUU